AUGUCGUCAAAAACGACCGGAGCGCUCUGGAAUGCCCUGAUCAGAACACACCACAUCACCUCUCGCAAGAAAGUGGCUAAGCUCAAACAAGCGGCUACAACGCAUAAUGUCUUCGCUUUGCUACGAAGUGGUGGGUGUCCUGGUAUCAUGUAUGUGCAAGGAUCGCAGGCUGGAGUAGAGAGCUGGGUAGCUGUCGUCCAGAAACUCCGAUACAAGGACUACCAUCUCGCCUCCAAGCCCGCUCCUGUGUCAGAAGACGCAUCCGGAGUUACAGAUGCUCGAGGUAUAUUAUAUGAGAUCGAAUCUGUCAAGGACUACGCUGCUAGGAUGGAUGCUGCCGGUCUACUUCCUUGGUGGCGGAAAGCUAUGGGCUUCUCUGGACAGGACGACCGGCUGUGA